AUGGCACGAUCAAAGUUUAAGGACGAGCACACCUUUGAGAAGCGUAAGGCUGAGGCCGAGCGCAUAAGACAGAAAUACACCGAUCGUAUUCCCGUUAUCUGUGAAAAGGUAGAAAAGUCCGACAUCGCCACCAUUGAUAAGAAGAAGUACUUGGUUCCUGCCGAUCUUACGGUCGGCCAGUUUGUAUACGUAAUUCGUAAGCGUAUCAAGCUGUCUCCCGAGAAGGCCAUCUUCAUCUUUGUUGAUGAAGUCCUACCUCCUACUGCCGCUCUCAUGAGCUCUAUCUACGAAGAGCACAAGGAUGAAGACGGUUUCCUCUACAUCACAUAUUCCGGCGAAAACACCUUCGGCUACGAGUACCUUGCCUGA